GAAGAAAAAACAGAUCGAGGAUUCUCCGUAUGAACAGGAAACAGUUGAUCAAGUGAAGCGUAUAAUGGCACCAUUUGUUUUACGACGAUUGAAAAAUGAUGUGCUAGGUAACUCCCUUCCCCCGAAACAUGACCAUGUUAUCGAAUGUGAGCUCACUCCGCGACAAAGAACUGUGUAUGACAACGCAUACACUGAACUUCGUAAGAGUCUGGAGUUGGGAGAGGCAUUUUCAGGCAGUAGCGGUUUAGGUUGUCUUACUGAGUUACGAAAAGCUGCAAAUCACUCCCUUCUCCUUAGAUCCCAUUACAAUGAUGAGAUUCUGCAUAAAAUGGCUGUAAAAUAUUGCAAGAUCUUUCCCACAGGAUCCAUGUCAUCGCGAUUCUGA